AUGGAUCAAUCAAUCCAGCGAUUGCUUAACGACAAGCUCUACGAUAAGCGAAAGCAGGGAGCCUUGGAAGUAGAGAAAAUCGUUCGAGACGCCGUUUUCAAAGGAGAACACGAGAAGAUUCAAAGGAUCGUCGAACAGCUCUGCCACGACUAUGCCUACGCUGUACACCAACCUCACGCUCGAAACGGUGGCUUGAUUGGCCUCGCCGCUGCCUCUAUCGCCCUCGGAUCGGAGGGCGUUGCCACCCAUUUGAAGGAGAUCGUACCUCCAGUCCUGGCAUGCUUUUCGGACCAAGAUGCGCGAGUCCGGUACUAUGCUUGCGAGAGCAUGUACAACAUCGCGAAGGUGGCCAAGGGAGAGAUUUUGCCUUUCUUUAAUGAGAUAUUUGAUGCUUUGGCCAAACUAGCAUCCGACUCGGAGCUCUCAGUGAAGAACGGAGCGGAACUUCUGGACCGUUUGGUGAAAGACAUUGUUGCCGAAUCUGCAGCUUCGUAUGUGUCUGUACUGCAGCUUUCGGAGAAGGAUGACCCAACCGAGCUCGAUAAUGCGGAAUUACCUACAGCUUUUUCCCUUGGAAGAUUUAUCCUCCUUCUCAAGGACCGGAUUCAUGUGAUUCAGCCGUAUACUCGCAACUUCCUAGUCUCGUGGUUGACUUUGCUCGAUACUGUCCCUGACUUAGAGCUGGUGAGCUAUCUGCCUGAAUUCCUGGAAGGGCUGAUCAGGUUCCUCGGUGGUCCAGAUAGGGAUGUGAACGUUGCUACACAGGCACUUUUAGACCGAUUCUUGUCCGAGAUUAAAAGGAUCACCAGACUAAAGAAGGGAAUUGAGGAGAGUCGAAAGGGCCAGCGAAGCCGACGUUCUGCCACGAGCGAUACUGAGAGUCUCAGAACCGAACAGACUGCUGAUACAAAGGGCGAUGUUGCAAUUGAUGAUUCUGCCUCGGAGUCCCUCUCUGAUGAAGACAUGAACCAGGCUGAUGGCGACUGGAUUCCGGGGCAGGACGUUCAGAUCGACUUCCCGAAAAUUUUGGAUAUUCUGGUCAGCUUCGUUGACACGUCAUAUGAUGAGGAAAUGCAAUUAACGGCGCUCCGCUGGGUGGACGCGUUCUUCGACAUCAGCCCUGAAGAUAUUCUCCCAUUUGUCCCACGACUCUUGACUCAGGUGCUGCCGGCAAUGUCUAGUGGCUCAGAUUCGGUGCGACAAGCAGCAAACCGAGUCAACAAGUCCCUACUCGAAUACAUUUCGUAUCUUUCUGACGAUACAACCGAUGAAACAGCUUGGACAGCUUCUAAGGCGCCUUCCGCGGCACUCAGCAAAGACAGUAUUGACAGAAAAUCGGUUGACAUCCCCAAAGACUCAAGGCCAGCAACACCGCGUGGUAGUAUUAUGUCGACACCUGUUCAGCCGGCCGAUCUUGAUUACGCUGCAGCAGUCAGUUCGCUUACACUACAAUUCCUGAAUGAGAAUGAAGCCACCAGGGUAGCUGCACUUGGAUGGCUAAUCAUGUUACACCGGAAAGCUCCGCGGAAGGUGGUUGCUUUCAACGAUGGCACAUUCCCAGCUCUCUUGAAGACUCUAUCGGACCCUGCGGAGGCAGUUGUCCGACAGGACUUGGAGCUCUUGUCGCAAAUUUCGAGGUAUAGCGAAGACAAUUACUUUACUUCGUUCAUGGUGAAUCUGCUACAACUCUUCUCGACGGAUCGGCACUUGUUGGAAGUCCGCGGAAACUUGAUCAUCAGACAACUGUGUCUAAAGCUGAGUACGGACCGCAUCUAUCGGACUUUGGCAGACUGUCUCGAGAAGGAAGAAGACAUUGAGUUUGCAAGCAUCAUGGUGCAGAACUUGAAUAACAACCUUAUCACAGCACCUGAGCUGUCUGAUAUGAGGAAAAAGCUGAGGAACCCCAAUUCCACCGAAGGCCAAGCGCUCUUUGUUGCUCUGUUCCGGUCUUGGUGCCAUAAUGCCGUUUCUACUUUCUCUCUAUGUCUCCUUGCUCAGGCUUAUGAACAAGCUUACAAUCUGCUCCAAAUUUUCGCCGAGCUCGAAAUGACAGUCAACAUGCUUAUUCAGAUCGACAAACUGGUGCAGCUACUCGAAUCCCCUGUAUUCACCUACCUCCGACUACAACUCCUCGAACCUGAAAAAUAUCCCUACCUCUACAAAUGCCUUUACGGUGUCCUCAUGCUCCUCCCUCAGAGCUCUGCCUUCGCUGCACUCAAGAAUCGAUUGAACAGCGUUAGCAACAUUGGAUUCCUCUACGGUGGUCCUCGCAGUACCACUCAAACAGCACCGUCGUACGAACGCACUACCGGCACCCGCUUGAAGCGAGAAGACAGCAACAUCCGCUGGGUCGAACUUCUGGAAAAGUUCAAGAACGUGCAGGAACGUGCACGUCGGGCGCAAGCUGCACAGCGGCAUUCGCUCGACCCAACAGAUAAUCUUCAGAAUCCCUCCCUAACUGCCGCCCUCUCGGCUGCAACUACGGACCGUACCCGAGACCGAUCAGGUCUUCCCGAACGCACCCCGUGGAAUGGGAGGUCUCGGUGUCGGUGUGCCAGGCCCUUCUAUGGGAGCGGGUGGAAGUCGUGGGGCGUUUGA